AUGAACCGACACCAUGACCCUCGCCGGCGACUGACGGCCGCCGCCAUCUCCACGAACGGUCCUCCUUCGCCUACCGUCAUCGACCGCGAACAGCCCCGCCGAUUAUAUCAAUACCAUCUCCACAGUUCGCCGCCGCUGCCAUCCUCAAUCAACUCUGCCACCACCACCACAGAUCCGCCGACGGUUCACCAUAAAACUCGCAUUUCCGACCUCCGCCGUCUCCCACCAUAUGUCCGCCCCCGUCACUUCGGCGCUCCACCUCCGACCAUCCGCCGUUCCCCGCGAUAUUCUUGUCCGUCCACACGCCGUCGCAUAUCAACCAGUGACCGGAAAAUCGAGUUUCAGCCCCAAACAUGGGGUGCGGCGGCAACAUCGCCAUCUCCAUCCUCACCUGCGGCUGAGCGAGUCCGAAGAGUAGAUCGAGAAACGGCUAAAGAGGUGGCGAUGUCGUGCCCUACGACCGCUCCCUCAAGAUCAAGGCCGAGGCCCGACAAACUCAACGGGCUUGCAGCCAAUCAGAGUCGCAUAAGGUCGCAAUCGACUAUUUUCCAGCUGAGCGCAAGGACGUCUCCGAACCCGCCUCCGAUUUCUUUCUCCUCAGCCCGGGCAGAAGAGAAGCCCCGUUUCCAUUCGGACCUCUACGCCGUCGGAUCAGCCACUGGCAUCCCGUUGGCCGGCCAUCCAAUUGACACUCGGGGCGGUGAGGGCUCCCUCGCCCUUCCCGGCGGAGGAAAAUUUCGCCUCAGGAGCACGGCUCUUCCCUCGCUCGACGCUCGACUUCUGCAUUUUCUACCUCUGACCUCGGCGGCUCGGUGGAUUGCGUUCACCGGCAGCUGA